UAUAACCGUCACUCUGAGAAGGUGAGACCAUCAGAGAGGAUCCUGGCUCAGCUGUCAACAACAUCUAUCCACCACCCAAGAGAAUAACAACAUAAGGCCAACCAGAAGAUGGGUCUCUUCACCUUCUUCAGUCUUUGUCUUCUCGGCACACUGGUUUCCAAUCCUUUCCUGGGCGCCAAGGCUGACUCCUGUGCCAGAGAGUGGCUGCAAAACCAAGGCAACUGCUAUGCAUAUUUCGAUACUAAAUUGACGUGGCAAGAGGCUGAGAUUGAAUGCCAGAGCUAUGGCCGUGGGGCUCAUCUCGCCUCUGUCCUCACUAAAGCAGAGACGCUCUUGGUGGCUGAGCACAUCUCCACUUACCAGCAAGAGAUAAGUGAUGUCUGGAUUGGGCUCCAUGAUGUCCGUCAGACUAGGAGAUGGAGGUGGGCUGAUGAAUCGACCUACAACUACAAGGCCUGGAUGACCCACCAGCCAGACAACUUCCGCAACUCUGAGUACUGUGUGGAACUGCGACGAUCCACUGAGUUUAAAGAGUGGAAUGAUGCUCAGUGCAAGAAGCUCAACACCUACAUCUGCAAACACGAACUCUAA